GCGAUUUGAGCGGAGACGCGCACUUCAAUCUCGGUAGAUUGCCAGACAUGGCGGCGGAUCUGAACCCGGAGUGGCUCUCUUGCCUCCCGUCUUCUUGGAGUUAUGGGGUAACCCGGGACGGACGCGUCUUCUUUAUCAAUGAAGAAGCGAAGAGCACAACCUGGUUGCAUCCAGUCACUGGCGAGGCCGUAAUUACUGGCCAUAGAAAAACUACAGAUUUGCCAACAGGAUGGGAGGAAGGCUACACGUUCGAGGGAGCUCGGUGCUUCAUAAAUCACAAUGAGCGGAAGGUGACCUGUAAGCACCCGGUAUCAGGCCUACCCUCGCAAGACAACUGCAUCUUUGUCGUCAACGAACACUUGAAUUGUGGGAAACUGGUUCACCCUAUGUUAAACAGAUCAUACAGGCCGGUCCCCAAAACGCCAACGCCCGCUCCAGCGAAUGAGAAGAAAGAGCGACCGGUGAGCACCAUGAGCGAAGCUUCCAACUACACGGGCGGGUCCGACUACGCCACCCACCCGGCCAGCCCCGCGGGCAGACCUUCAAGAUCUUCCAAAAAAGUUCACAAUUUUGGGAAGAGAUCCAAUUCCAUAAAGAGAAACCCCAAUGCACCAGUGAUCAAGAGCAACUGGCUCUACAAACAGGACAGCACGGGCAUGAAGCUGUGGAAGAAGCGCUGGUUCGUGCUCUGCGACAUGUGCCUGUUCUACUACAGAGACGAAAAAGAAGAAGGGAUCCUUGGAAGCAUCCUCCUGCCAAGCUUCCAUAUAUCCAUGCUUUCUGUGGACGACCACAUCAACAGAAAAUACGCCUUCAAGGCGACACAUCCAAAUAUGCGGACGUACUACUUCUGCACGGACACGGCCAAAGAAAUGGAGUCCUGGAUGAAGGUGAUGACGGACGCAGCCCUGGUGCACACGGAGCCAGUCAAGAGGAUGGAGAGGCUGAAGGUGGAGCACCGCGUCCCGCAGGAGGUGAACAACGUGCUGAACCACCGGGUCCUGACCCGGCCCGAGGUCCAGAACAACGAGCGCAACCGCGAGGCGGCCCCGCCGCUGCCGCCCGAGGAGCGCAAGCAGAAGGACGCCGAGAAGUACGGCUUCCAGAAGGACGGCGUGGAGCGGCCGCUCACCAAGAUCAACAGCGUCAAGCUGCAGCCGGCCCAGGCCGCCGCCAUCGCCGCCGCCGUCAGCUCGUCACGGCAACUGGCCAACAGCGCCGGCCCCGCCUCCGCCGCCGCCGCGCAGCCCGCCCUCUACAAGCCCCCCCCUCAGGUGAAUGGGUCCGGGGACCGCACCCCGGGGGAGGCGCCGAACGCCCUGCCCCCCAGGCCCCCCUCCCAGGCUCCGCCCCUCGUCCAGCCCCAGGAGCCCGAGAGGACUCUGCAGAGGACCAACUCCAUGCAGCAGCUGGAGCAGUGGGUCCGGAUCCAGAGGGGGCGUGGCCAGGAAGACGAGACACGGAGCAUCACCUCCUACCAGACCCUGCCCCGCAACAUGCCCAGCCACCGGGCGCAGGUGGUGCCGCACUACCCCGAGGGGUACCGCACGCUCCCCCGGAACAGCGUGAUGCGCCCCGACAGCAUCUGCAGCAUGUCGCCCUCGGUGUACGACCGGGCGCUGGGCCCCCCCCCGGCGGAGAAGCGGCGCUCCAUGCGGGACGACACCAUGUGGCAGCUGUACGAGUGGCAGCAGCGGCAGGCCUACACCAAGCAGGGCCCCCCCCCCCCCGCCUACGGCACCCUGCCCAGCCCCAAGACCAUGGUCAACCUGUCGGACCACGUGGCGCACUCCAUCCCGCCCUCGCCCUCCCACGGCUCCCUGGCGCACUACCAGGGCUACUCGCCGCUGCGCUCCUACGGCAACCCCAGCGCCCGCUCCGAGGUGUCCUCGCCCGUCUUCCGGGGCGACGUCUCCAUCGACCGCCGCCACAGGGCGCACCUCGCCAAGUACGGCUACCCGCCCGACCGGAGGUCCAUGCCCGCGGGCAUCCCUGCGCCGCCCAUCACCCCACAGUCCCUGCAGGGCAAGACGCCCGAGGAGCUGACGCUGCUGCUGAUCAAGCUGCGGCGGCAGCAGGCCGAUCUCACCAGCGUCCGGGAGCACACGCUAGCGCAGCUCAUGCAGCUCAGUCUGGACACCGGCAACCCAAAGAACGAGAUUCUGUCCCAUCACCUCCAGAGGAACCUCAUGUAUUUGGACAGCCAGAUGAAGGAAAAUGAGCCCUUAAUCAUCAUGAGUCACACAAUGAUUGAGAACUCGGCGCCAAGGCCGCAACUGUACCAGCAAGUGACCCCGGAUGACUACAGAGACAGCUCCUAUAUUUACCGACCGGAGGAGUUGGACAUUGACGCGAAGCUGAGCAGGCUGUGUGAGCAGGACAAGGUGGUUCGGACGCAGGAAGACAAGCUGCAGCAGCUCCACAGAGAAAAGCACACCCUGGAGACGGCGCUGCUCUCCGCCAGCCAGGAGAUCGAGAUGAGCGCCGACAACCCAGCGGCCGUGCAGAGCGUGGUGCAGCAGAGGGACGUGCUGCAGAGCGGCCUACUGAGCACGUGCAGAGAGCUGUCCCGCGUCAACACCGAGCUGGAUCGGUCCUGGAGGGAAUAUGACCGACUGGAGGCCGACGUCACUCUGGCUAAGAACAAUCUCCUAGAGCAGCUGGAGGCGCUGGGCAGCCCUCAGACCGAGCCCCCCAGCCAGCAGCAUGUGCAGAUCCAGAAGGAGCUGUGGAGAAUACAGGAUGUGAUGGAGGCCCUGAGCAAGAACAAGCCCCAGAGAAGCACUGAUAACACGGGUUUCUUGGGCUCCAAACCAAUUUCAAUGAAGAAUAAGAGUGAGGAAGAGGACCCCGUGCCCCCGCGGCCCCCCCUCCCCCAGUCUUAUGACAUCAGCGAGCGCCCCCCGGCGGUGCCGCCGCUGCCCUCCCCCACCGCCACCGCCGCCGCCGCCGCCCAAACGCACGCGGGCCGCCCGCCCCUGCACCGGCCCGACGACAGGAAGCCGGGCCAGCGGAACGGGGCGCACAGCGGGCCGGACUACAGGCUGUACAAGAGCGAGCCUGAGCUCACCACGGUGGCCGAGGUGGACGAGACCAACGGGGAGGACAAGUCCGAGCAGGCCGGCGACAAAGACCCCUCCGGCAGCAAAGGCCUCUCUUACCCCAUCGGGAUCGUGCCCCCGAGAACGAAGUCUCCCAUGCCCGAGUCGUCCACCAUCGCCUCCUACGUCACCCUGAGGAAGACCAAGAAGCCCGAGCCGCGGACGGACCGUCCGCGCAGCGCGGUGGAUCAGCUGUGCCAGCCUGACUCUGGGCGGCCCCGGAUGAGCGUGGAGGAGCAGCUGGAGCGCAUCCGGAGGCACCAGCAGGCCUCCCUGCGCGAGAAGAAGAAAGGCCUCAACGUCCUGGGGGGCCAGGAGAACUCGCCCUCCCGCACCCCCUCUUUCUCCAAGGAGAACCCCUUCCGCACCCCGCAGAGCCGGAAGAGGGAGGAGGUGCUCUCCAGUGACAUCCAGGAGCUGGAGGCGUCGCUGCGGGAGCAGGACCUGGUGAAGGAGCAGGAGACCCCGGCGGAGGAGAUCGCCCGGCUGAAGGAGGGAGCGCUGCAGGAGAGCUUCAACAUGGAGAGAGAGCUGUCCAAGCCGAACAAGGUUGUGAUCCCGGAGCGCUACGUGGAGAUGGAGCCGGAGGAGGCCCUGAGCCCGGAGGAGGAGGCCGACAAGCAGAAGAAGGUGGAUCGGAUCAAAGCUCUGAUCGCCAAAAACAGCAUGCAGAACGUGGUCCCGGCGGUGACUCUGAGCCCGGAGGGCGAUGCUGAAGAGGAGGGCACGGUUCAGGAGCAGGAGAAGAUCAUCAACAUCUCCUACGAGCUGGCGGCCGAGGCGUCCAAACGCAGCAAGCUGGUGGCGGCCCAAGCCCUGGCCUCGGUGAAGACCUACACCUGAGGAGCGGUGAAGAUGGAGCCGUGUGACGCGGGUCACCCUGCGCAGACGCCCGGCACCAGCUGCGCAGACGCAGACGCAGACUCCGCCGCGCACGCAGCACCGCACAGCGGGUUUCGCGCUCCGCACCCGAGCUCCUCCACCCUCACGCCUCAAACUGUGACAUCACUUCCCCCACACCAUGAGAAAAUAGAGGACACGGAUUAUUUCUUCACAUUAUUGCAAUUAUUAUCAUGAUUGAUGAUGAUAUUAUUAUUAUUAUUAUUAUUAUUAUGUUUCUUUCAUUCUUUUGACGUGGGCCUUGGUGAGAAGCCUCAGGUGCCCAUGAGUUUAAUGCUUUUUGAAGAAUGAAGGCUGUACAGGUGUACAUACAAGCACCAGAGUGAUCCUUCACCCACCAUGGAGACCCAUGGCACCUUUUGAGACACACACACAGACACACACACACUCUCACACACGCACACGUAGAGAGACACAAGCAGUUUUAUAGUAACCAUUCAGGAGCAGAGACGUUCUGCUUGGGUUUUAUUAGUCUUCUUAUUUUAGUUCAGUCUGGUUUUUUUUUCUUUGUUUUCUUUUUAAACCAAUUGAUUUUAGUUAUGAUUUUACUGCUCGUUCUCUUAUACACUACACAACUCCUUUUUAGCAAUCCAGUGUACAAAGCAUCUUUGUUUUUAUAUAAAAAAAAUAUAAAUAUAUAGUUGAUUUAUAAUUCAAUAAGGUGCCACUUUAUUGCUGCAGAUGGACAGUUUUGUAAUAUUUUUUGGGUUGUAAUUAUUUAUACGUCGGGUGGUCUGCAGUUCCUGUCGCACUGUUGCCGACGCACACAUGAAUGUUCUGGCUUUAAAAUCUGCUUCUAUAUUUUGUUUUCUAUUGCUGAGAUCUAUUUAAAAAAGCGAAGAAGAGGUUUUAAUAGGUUUGGUUCUGUUUUUUUGGCCGGUUUGGAGGCUUGGACUUGGAGAAGAGAGUAGCACAUGUAUAAAGCAAUAAGCAGGUUUUGUUAAUCCAGGACUGUGGUUUAGUGUACAAAUGUAAUUACAGAGAGUUCAUUGUGUAUAUACUGUAUACCAUACAAUGAGCAGAGCUGAUAUAACUAUAAGAUGCUACUUAUUAGAGUUAAUAUGCAAAUGUUCAUAUCUCAUCUGUUUUAUAUCAUGUUAAAUAAAUGUUGAUGUUCUUAC